AUGUCUCCCCCUACAGCAGACGUUGAUCUGCAGCAGACAGUCGUCCCGAUCCCCGCCAGCAAGGCUUCUGGUGCGAUCAGGAGCAGCAGCAGCAGCAGCUCGCAGCUCGAGGGCCCGCUGGCAUACACCGGCCAGUUGGACCAGUACGAGCACUUUGACGUGACCAGCGCGAUCGGACGCGAGUUCCCCACGCUGCAACUGACAGACAUCCUGGACGAUGACGCCAAGAUUCGCGACCUGGCCGUGCUGGUGUCGCAGCGCGGCGUCGUCUUCUUCCGGCGCCAGGACAUCGGCAUCGACGACCAGAAGCGACUGGGCCAACGGCUGGGCGAGCUGACCGGUAAGCCGGCCACGUCGCGCCUGCACCGCCACGCGCUCUCCAACAGCAAGCGCGGCAUCGCCGUCGACGAGAACGGUCGGCUGGACGAUGAGAUCUCUAUCAUCUCGUCCGAGCAGAACCGCCUCAUCUACCGGGAUCGCUUUGGCAGCUCGUCCCGGCGGCUGGCUGGCGUUGGAUGGCACGCCGACAUCACGUUUGAGAACAUCCCCUCCGACUACGCCAUCCUCAAAAUUGUCCAGCCGCCCGAGGACGUCGGUGGCGACACACUCUGGGCCUCGGGCUACGAGCUGUACGACCGCCUCUCGCCGCCGAUCCAGAAGCUCACAGAGGGCCUGACUGCUACCCACCACCAGCCCGCCUUUGUCAAGGCCAAGGACACCUUUGGCAUCGAGCUGAUCAGCGAGGACCGAGGCGCCCCUGAAAACAAUGGCCUCGACUUCAAGGCCGAACAUCCUCUGAUCCGCACAAAUCCGGUCACAGGAUGGAAGAGCCUGUUCGGGGCCGGUCAUCAGGUCGAUGCCGGCUGGAUCAAUGGCGUUAGCGAGCGCGAGAGCGACAUACUCAAAGCCUACUUUCUCCAGCUCAUUACGGAGAAUCACGACCUGCAGGUCCGUUUCCGCUGGAACAAAAACGACGUAGCCAUCUGGGACAACCGCUCGGUCUUCCACACUGCCACAAACGAUUAUAUCGGGAAGCGUCAGGGCAACCGGGUGGUCUCUCUUGGUGAAAAGCCGUACUACGACCCCAAUUCAAAGUCCCGUCGCGAAGCGCUAGGCCUCGAAGAAUAG